AUGAUACCGCUUCAAGGUAGGAAUGGAAAACGAGCAGCGCGUUAUUUUCGUUUUCAGGACAUCACAACAAUUCCAACGUCGAAGGACUUGGUGGACAUUGUGUUAUCAGCGACUCAGAGACGAACUCCGACAGUUGUUCAUCCACAGUUCAAAAUCUCAAGGAUACGAAGUUUCUACAUGAGAAAAGUCAAAUUUUGCCAACAAACAUUCCACGACAAGUUCACUGAAAUCCUUACUGAAUUUCCAAGGUUGGAUGAUAUUCAUCCAUUCUACGCCGACCUCUGUAAUGUUCUCUACGAUCGCGAUCACUACAAGCUAGCUCUUGGUCAAGUCAAUACAGUCCGGGGUAUCGUCGAUACGUUUGCGAAAGACUACGUGCGCCUUCUCAAAUAUGCGGAUUCGCCAUACAAGUGUAAGAUGCUCAAGCGCGCGGCGUUUGGCCGAAUGUGCACCGCGGUUCGUAAACUUGGCGAUUCGCUGAAAUAUCUGGAAGAAGUUCGUCAGCAUCUGUCUCGACUUCCAUCCAUUAAACCAAACACAAGGACUCUGAUCUUGCUGGGAUACCCAAAUGUCGGAAAGUCAUCGUUCAUUAAUUCCGUCAGUCAGGCGAAUGUUGAUGUUCAGCCGUAUGCCUUUACAACAAAGUCCUUGUUUGUUGGUCACUUCGACUACGGAUACAUCCGCUGGCAAGUCAUUGACACCCCUGGAAUUCUAGAUCAUCCACUCGCCAGCCGGAAUACCAUUGAGUUGACUGCCAUUACAGCACUCGCUCACAUUCAAGCUGCAGUCCUGUUCUUUGUUGAUAUUUCGGAACAAUGCGGGUUUUCGAUUGAAAGUCAAGUUGCGCUUUUCCACUCCAUUAAAGUUCUCUUCAAAAACAAGCCCCUUGUUAUCAUUCUCAAUAAAGUCGAUGUUGUCAAAUUCGCUGACUUGGCUACUGAGAAGCAGCAGCUUUUGCGAACAAUGACAGAAGGUCUUGAAGAUGUGGUUGCCUUGGAAGCGUCUUGCCUCACGUCUGUCGGAAUCGACGAAGCUAAGAGUAAAGCGUGUGACAUGCUUUUGACUCGUCGAGUGGAAGCAAAAAUAGCAUCAAAGCGAGCUGAUGCUGUUGUCAAUCGACUCCAUGUUACAGCUGUAUCCCCCCCUCUCGAUCGCCCUCCUUGCAUUCCUGAAGCAGUUCUAAAUCGAAGCAAGCUUGAGCGGACUGAAGAUCUCAGUUUGGCCAGACAUUUGGAGGAUCAAUACGGAGGCGCUGGUGUUUAUUCAAUCGAUCUGAAUGCUGAUUGGAAGCUGAAAAAUGAUGAAUGGAAAUACGAUGCAAUGCCAGAGAUUUAUGGAGGUAAAAAUGUGUUGGAUUUCAUCGAUCCUGAGAUCGAACAAAAAUUGAAACAAUUGGAAGCUGAAGAAGCGCAUUUGAUGCAAGAAGAUGCAAGUAUGCAGAUUGAUGAUUCGGAAUGGCGCAAUGUCUCAAAGCUGGUAACCGAGCUGCAUAAAAAGGUUGAGCUGAAGAGAAUAGAAAACAGGUUGAAGACGAAUUUAGGAAGGAAAGUUAUGCCUCGGCGUCACGGGACAGAGAACGUAUCAGACGCAACGCAGCGGUUGGAGGAAAUAGGGUAUGAAAUAGAUGAAGGGUUACAUCCGCCAAUUCGGAAGGAAAGGGAAAGAGUGACAGAAAUGACGCAUUUCAGCGAAAGUGAAAUCUCGGAUUCAGAAGCUGGUUCUGACGAAGAUAUGGAAGGAGGAAAGAGAAAGGGAAGGAAGAUCGAUAGGAAGCUUCGUCAAUUGUCACUCUCAAGAACUCAAACUGUUGGGGAGAAUCCCUUUUCUAGCGCAGUUUUGCGAGCUAGAGAUUCAAUCCCAAACAGAAAUUUCUCAUAG